GUAGUGGCCUCUACUGUCUUGGCAGGUGAUUCUAAAGCUCACACGGGGUUUGAAGAACCUCCCUACUUAUCUGGUUAUAAUUAUAGAGAGGUGACCUGGUUUCAGCACCGCCGCUCGUCAACAGCUCCGGUACACAGCGGAGAUUUGACCAGCCCCUCCCCGCCCGGUACGUCUGACAGAGCGGGUACUCCAAGGCGCAGCCUCCGUGGCAGUUUCAGCACCAGCAGCCGGUCGGAGCGGAGCUGUCCACACAUUCAGCACUUUACUUGUGGAGGAGGGAACCACAGACAGCAACACAGCCAGGAUUUUUCUUCCUCCUGGACACUUCAGAAUGGCGUCAAAAUACCUCGGCCUUUUCGUCCUUUUCCAGCUUCUAGCCAUGAAUGUAGUGAGCCAGAUAUCUGCCUUCCCCACACCUACAGCCUCAACGGAUGACAAAACUGUGUACAAUAGACAGUUAACAGAGGAAAGACCACUACAAGAGCAGAUUGCUGAGGCGGACAGUGUAAAGGCUGCAGUACAGUCUGCUGAGAGCAAGCGUCCCUCUGCCUCCAAGGACGCAGAGUCAGAGCAGGACCUUGAUGACUUCACCGUGCUGAAGUCACUGGCUGAUGGCCAGAAAUCAAAGGAGGCCACUGAGGUGCCACUGAAGAAGGCUCAGUACGCUCCAGAUGAAUCAGACUCCACCAAGAGCCGACGUCUGGCUGAGGACUACGACUCCACCAAGAACGGUAUGGACUACGGCAAGUACCAGGAUGACCCAGAAAGCUUCCGUCAGGUUGACGGCACUCCGCUGACAGCAGAAGACAUUGUCCAGAAGAUCGCAAACAAGAUCUACGAGGAGGACGACAGAGGAGUGUUCGACAGGAUCGUCUUAAAAUUGCUUAAACUGGGGCUGAUCACAGACAGUCAGGCAGACACUCUGGAGUACCAGGUGGCCGAGGCUCUCCAGGACCUCAUCACCAGAAACGCCAAGAACAACGAGAUUGAGGACGUUGAGAGCAACGACCAAGAAAUAAAGGGAGAGCAGGACGGCCAGGGCUCAGACGCAAUCAAGGACACGUUGGAGCCACCCAAGCAGCGCUACAAUGAAGACGAGGAGGGCGAAGAAGAAAAUGAGGAUGAGGUUGAGGACGAGGUGGACAGGGAUGCAGAAGAAGAAGAAGAAGAAGAAGAAGGGGGCAAUAAGGAAGCCAAAACCUGGGUCAAAGAUACUGGGGAGGGCAACGAGGUGAGCCCUGAAGACGGGCUCCAGGACCUGCAGUACUUCCCCAACUUCUACCGUCUGCUCCGGAGCCUCGACUCAGAUCAAGACGCGCAGGAGAGAGAGACAUUGAUUACCAUCAUGAAGACGCUGAUCGACUUUGUGAAGAUGAUGGUGAAGUACGGUACCAUCACGCCGGAGGAGGGAGUGUCCUAUCUGGAGAACCUGGAUGCUAUGAUCGCCAUGCAGACCAAGAACAAGCUGGGCAAGGCUCUCGGACCUCCUGACUUCACUGGACCCAACGGAAAGAACUUGGACGAGGACGACAACACCAAGGCUGAGGCCGCCAAGAUGCAGAAGGAGUAUGAGAACCUGAAAGACUCAACCAAGGAGGAGCAGCCAUCAACUGAGACCAAUCAGCCUGGCAAGUCAGAGACUUAUCUGGAGGCCAUCAGGAAGAACAUUGAGUGGUUGAAGAAACACAACAAAGAUGAAGGCAAAGAUGAUUAUGACCUGUCCAAACUGAAGGACUUCAUGGACCAGCAGGUCGACUCCUACAUUGAGAAGGGCAUCAUCGCCAAGGAUGAAGGCGACACCAUCAAGAGGAUCUACAGCAGCCUGUAACAACAUCCCAUCCUCCAACCAACCUCUGGCCUAAAACACAGGACUGAAUCUGACAUUAACAUCUCCAACAAAACCCUGACUACUUAGUUAUUUCCCAUGGCAUGGUAAAGUAUAUACUGUGUAUUCAAAACUACCUGCUUAGGGGACUUUUUUUUACCCUCCCAGACAUUCCUAAAAUGUAUCAAGAGAAGGGAUUUAAUAAUGCUAUCAUCAAAAUGAUUCAUUACAGCUACCUAACUGGUUAUAUUUGCACGCCAAGAUCGCAGAGUAAUAAUCACUAGAAUAUUAUUGAGAGAAAUCGAUAUUUUAUGUAACCAACUCACACGUCCAACUAAAAGCUAGCAUUUACUCCAACCUGACUCCUCCUGCAGGAAAUGAAUGUUCGGAGAGUAUGAUGACGUAGCUUUGUCAUCAACCGUUUCCAAUACAAUGUUUGCAACAAAAUGCACAUAUAUCAAAUUGUACUCAUUCUGUGUAACCUGUCUUAGCCGAUUAUAUUUCCUUUUCCCAGUGUAUAUGUAAGAUCUUAAUGUAUUUUUGCUUUUCUUUUACCAAAAAUAUAUUUGUUGUGUAUAAUGUCAGUGCUCUCAGUAAUACUGAUAUGUUCUGCUGUAAUUCUUCUGGGGCCCACUAGGGGGCCGUGUUUCUAUCAUCAAUUCUCUCUGCAUGUCUCUCUGAGUUCACAUUUCCAUCUCGGUAGAGACUCAAGAUAAGUAUUUUUAAAUGUAAAUAUUUGUGAUUUUUUUCCUAAAGUUUAAAAGCAAUUAAAACAUUGCCUUUUC